AUGUCAAUUCAGAGCAUCAUAUGGGAGCGAGAAUGGCCAAAGAUGUGGUAUACAUAUGCGACAGCAACCAAAGGGCACCUCACCGUGUGGACCUACUUGCCGCCCUCCCAAACGUCGGGGGACCUGAUCGUGACAGUGCCAGGCGAUCAUGCUGAAGCAUCUAACUCUGCUGACGUAAAACCCCCCGUGUCCUCGGCAGCGACGGCUGCGGGCCAUGACGAUCCGAACAUUAACAGCAUAAACCCAAGCGUACCAUCCAGUUCUUCUCCUGAAACAAGCACACAGGUUCCCGCUGAGGCACCCGCGGUGACCGCGAUGUCUUGGGGCAAAUUGUUAGACAAUAUGGGCUUGACAGUGCAUUCCAUGUGGGGUGACGAGGACGGGCUACCGUUCCACGAAGCAAGAGAAGGCUUCCCAGGACGCCAGGACCCUCAAGCUGAUCAUCUUGUUUCCCAUCCACAGUCGAAGUACGAAGUAUAG